AUGUCAAAGCGUGCAUUUGACAAUCCACCAUCAGAUGAUGACUCCGAUUUUGAUGAUGAUGAAGAUCCAGACAAUUUGGAAGUUCCAGGUGGCGGUAAGACACUGGCUGCUGCAGCGCGACUUGGCGAUAAAAAACCAGCGCCACCACCGAUAACAAUAAAACCUACCACCAACCCUCUCGCGGCCCCCUCUGGCCUGGCCUUCGGACAAGCAUCGAAUGUGAAACCUAUCAGAAUAUCGGCAAACUCAGUUCUCAGUAAGCCAAUUAAUUUGGGGCUCGGUCGGGGAGUGGAAAUGGCGGGGAUGCAAGGCAUGAACGCGUACCUCCUGCAAAACCUAAAUCAAAUAUUGGCCUCCGGAAUGGGGGCACCUCUCGCCGGCAUGUUCGGCCUCGGCCCUGCCUGGCAGGGCAAACCGAUGUGGCAAGUAGACAAGGCACCCAGCGCGGGCGGUGAUGAAGAAGAGGUCGACGACGAAGAAAUGGGCGUGGCUGAAACUUACGCCGACUACAUGCCGACAAAAUUAAAGAUCGGGCGCAAGCACCCCGACCCGGUGGUGGAGACGGCCUCGCUGUCGUCCGUGGAGCCCGUGGACGUGACGUACAAGCCCACGCUGCCCGAUGAGACGAUCCGCGGAGGGCUGCUGUCGGCGCUGCAGCUGGAGGCGGUCGUGUACGCGUCGCAGGCCCACGAGCACAUGCUGCCGGACGGCACCCGCGCCGGCUUUCUCAUCGGCGACGGAGCCGGUGUGGGCAAGGGGCGCACGAUCGCCGGAAUCAUCUUCGAGAACUUCCUUCGAGGGAGGAAGCGAGCCAUCUGGGUGUCCGUCUCCAACGACCUCAAGUACGACGCGGAGAGGGACCUGCGGGACAUCGGCGCCUCCUACAUAGAAGUGCACUCCCUCAGUAAGUUCAAAUAUGCGAAAAUCUCAUCGGGCGUGAACGGCAACGUGAAGAAGGGCGUUGUGUUCUGCACGUACUCCGCUCUCAUUGGCGAAACCCACGCCAACACCAAAUACCGAACCAGGCUCAAGCAGUUGCUUCAGUGGUGCGGGGAGGACUUCGACGGACUCAUCGUAUUCGACGAAUGCCACAAAGCAAAGAAUCUCUGUCCGGUGGGUUCCGGUAAAGCGACCAAGACCGGACUAACGGCACUCGAACUGCAAAAUAAGCUGCCCAAAGCUCGAGUCGUGUACGCGUCCGCCACCGGAGCUUCGGAGCCUCGAAACAUGGCCUACAUGGUCCGCCUGGGGAUAUGGGGCGAAGGGACACCUUUCCCCACAUUUAUGGACUUUAUUAAUGCUGUGGAGAAACGCGGGGUUGGCGCCAUGGAGAUAGUGGCCAUGGACAUGAAGCUGCGAGGCAUGUACAUCGCGAGGCAGCUGUCCUUCCACGGAGUGUCGUUCAAGAUCGAGGAGGUGCCCCUUAGCGAUUCGUUUAGGGAGACGUACGAUAAGGCCGUCGCAUUGUGGGUGGAGGCGAUGCAACGCUUUACGGAGGCUGCGGAGCUGAUAGACGCGGAAGCUCGCAUGAAGAAAACGAUGUGGGGCCAGUUUUGGUCUGCACACCAGAGGUUCUUCAAGUACCUGUGUAUAGCUUCUAAGGUAAAUCACGCGGUGGUGACGGCCCGCGAGGCGGUGAAAUGCGGCAAGUGCGUGGUGAUCGGUUUGCAGUCGACCGGGGAGGCGAGGACACUGGAGCAGCUCGAACGAGACGACGGCGAGCUCAGCGACUUUGUCUCCACCGCCAAGUGA